UGCGUAAAACCACCGAAGAAGGCAAAGGCGGAACUUAGCAACUGCCAAAAACGAAUGCGACGUCGUGGGAUCGACCCAAACGUGAAAAUGUUAAAAGAGUUGCUGAAGGAGCGACUCAUGACGGCAGCUGAUGAAAUAUCGGCCUUGUUUGAAACAACGAUGGCGUCCUACGAGGAGGAACUUUCUCGAGCAAGAGAGGAGAACGAGCGACAACGACGACAACUGGAAGCCGUUAGCAAGACUCUAAAGUUGACACACGUUGAAGAUGUUCAGCAGCCCCCCCACAUCAAGGAGGAAGAGGAGGAGCUGUGGAUCUCCCAGGAGGAGGCAUGCCUGGGGCUGGAAGAGGCCCAUUUGACUGUUGUCUCUGUGAAGACCGAGGACCACCAAGACGAACCACAAGCAGACAACCUUUCAGCUCCACCACCAGACGGCGACGACACCCGAGAACCCGUGAGGGGUGAUGGAGAUGUUGAAGAUGAUACGAGGACUCACAGCGACACGCUGAUGCUCCCGAAAAGCGAGAGCCACAAGGAACGGUUGACCUGCUCGGUUUGCACGAAGAGGUUUUCUUUUCAGAGCCUCUUAAGCGAACACAUGCGGACACACACCGGUGAAAAGCCCUUCAGCUGUUCCGUUUGCGGUCAAAGAUUUUCUCACCGUUCGACGAUGGCGUCACACACCAGAAUGCACACAGGAGAGAAACCUUUUGUUUGCUCCGUUUGUGGUGACAGCUUUUCUCGUACGAGCAACAUGGCUCAACACAUGAGGUUGCACAAUGGAGAGAAACCUUUCAGCUGCUCAGUUUGCGGUAAAGGAUUCACUCAGAAGGCACACAUGCUGUCGCACAUGAGAACGCACACAGGAGAGAAGCCGUUUAGUUGUUCCGUAUGCGCUAAAACCUUCUCUAAAAAGGCCAACAUGAUUGCGCACAUGAGAACACACACUGGGGAAAAACCAUUCAUUUGCCCCGCUUGCGGCGAAAGUUUUGUCGAAAAGGUCUCUUUGAUUGCACACAAAAGAACACACACUGGAGAAAAACCUUUUAGUUGCUCAAUCUGUGGUAAAAGUUAUUCUUAUAAGAAGACACUGACGGCGCAUGUGCGGGGACACUGUGCAGAAUAAACCUUUUCCUGGCCAGUUUGAGGUAAAACCUUAUCCUUGUCCUUGUUUUCAUAAAAAAAAUAAUGACUUAUUUUUCCAGGGGGCCUUUGAAUUGUCUAAUGGCGGCCAACAGCAAACAUUGUGAAUAACUUGAAAAAUGUUUAAUGAAAGAUGUUUAAUCCCUGUGAUCGUAUCGGCCCAGCUCACUCAUGGAUGAUCGGGAGCCUUUUUAUCACAUGUGAUGUUGAUUCGGACUUUUCUCUUCUCUCUAUUGCAAAUUUGACAGCUGGCACGUCGUCUUCUCUUAUGGUGUGAUUUUAGCUUCCCUUGUCUUAUUUCUUUGUCCUUUUAUUUCACUUCCUGUACGUGUGCUUGUAGCGUUAGGUUUGUUCAGCACCCGUUCUUUGCAAU